AUGGAAAACUUAUCUCCAUUGCGGCUAUCGAUGGGCAGUCAAUUCUUUCUGAGCUCGGGCUUAAUGAUGGGAACUAACCGUCCUUCUGCGGUAUUUGAGUCUGCAGAGAACAUGUAUACGGAUCCCUAUGCGGCCAACGACUCUCGCAAUUCCUUUUCCAAUCGUUUAGUUUCGAGUCAGCUUCCUUCAAUUCGGCAAACAGCCAGCAGUGUAAGUUUAUUUCCUCCCUUCGGAGUCGGAGAAUCCUCGCUUACUACAGAUUGGGGACAAUCCAACACCAAUAUGCCUGUAUCAUUCAAUGAAUCGGGUCAGCCCGAUCUUGUCGAUAAACCCGAUCGCGAAAGCAGCCGCGAUCCCUCCUUUUUCAACCAGUUUUUCAACGAAAUGCCUCCUGUUCGCGAAGACCUCGAUUUUGGGAAUGGCAGAAUUAGCGAGCUUUCCGUGAUGGAACACGAUUGUAGAACACAGGAGCUGUGUGUGAGUGUAGUCAGCGGGUUGAACUAUGCUGUCCAUCCGCAGGGGGGUUUCCCCUCCAUUUUAUCGCAGAAACUCCCGACGUCGUCUGCGUCGGUGGGCGUAUCGAGUUCCGCGGGGAUAGCGACAGGUCCGUUUCUUGCGCCCACGCUGGACGACUCGAGCUACAAAGAAAGUGGAACCGUGGAACCGGAGAAAAGCGCGGUUCCACAGCGACCGGAAGACAAAAAGCGCGAGAAAAUGGAGCGAAACCGCGAAUCGGCGCGCAAAAGUCGGAAGCGUCGAAAGCAAUAUCAGCAGCUUCUGGACAGCAAGGUGAGCGAAAUCAUUCAGGAGCUGGACACGGAGAAGCGAAACCGAUUGGAUCGGAUCGCGGCGAGUUUCCGGGAGCAAGUGUACGCGUGUUAUUACCAUCAAAACGCGAGCGUUCGCUUUGGCAGCGGCGUGAAUUGUAGGAAGACCAGGCGACGCGCCGCUUGCUUGCGCUGCUGA